ACCAGCGCUGGAGCAGCUGUGCAGCCUCGCAGUCGUUCUCCAUCACACAUUACACACUGAAAAGGCAUUCGCGUCUAAGAGGAGCGGAAGACAAACCAGCAAAACCGCAGAAUAAACCCCAACACACUCCGCAGUGGACGUGUUGCCACAGGGAAUAGCCUAGACAUGGGCGACCAUACGGCACUUUUGCUGUUGAUGGUAGCAACCUUGACGUUUGCAAUCGAGGUGCCAUCAGAUGAGUCUGUGGGUUUGCUGGCGGAGCCCCAGGUGGCCAUGUUCUGUGGGAAGCUCAACAUGCACAUGAACGUGCAGACUGGCAAGUGGGAGCCCGACCCCAGCGGAACCAAGAGCUGCAUCGGCACCAAAGAGGGCAUCCUGCAGUACUGCCAGGAGGUCUACCCCGACCUGCAGAUCACCAACGUGGUGGAGGCCAACCAGCCGGCCAGCAUUGAGAACUGGUGCCGCAAGGGCCGCAGGCAGUGCCGUGGCCACGUGGUUAUUGUGGUGCCCUACCGUUGUCUAGCUGGAGAGUUUGUAAGCGACGCACUCCUGGUCCCGGAUAUGUGCAAGUUCCUGCACCAGGAGCGUAUGGACAUGUGUGAGAGCCAUCUGCACUGGCACACUGUGGCCAAGGAGUCCUGUGUCGACCGUUCCAUGAAUCUCCAUGACUACGGGAUGCUGUUGCCAUGCGGCAUUGACCGUUUCCGUGGCGUGGAGUUUGUGUGCUGCCCACUGGAGUCCCAGCGCAACUCGGACAGCGAGGAGCCCGAUGACGCCGACUCUGUGGUGUGGUGGGGGGGAGCUGAGGAGUAUACAGACAAUACUGAUGAGAGCAUGCCCCGUGAACAGGCGCCUGUAGAACAGCAGCAGGAAGAGGAGGAGGAAGAAGAGGAGGGUGAGCCAGCUGUGGUGGAGGAGGAAGAGGAGGAGGAGGAAGAUGACGACAUCAUGGACGAGGAAGACGAGGAGGAGUCCUGGGACAACGAUGAGGACGGCGACGGAGUGGAGGACGAGGAUGAGGACGACGAUGACGAAGACGAUGCCACAGAUGAACGCGACACCAGCGAGCAGACCUCCAUUGCCAUGACAACCACCACCACGACCACCACCACUGAAUCUGUGGAGGAAGUUGUGCGAGAGGUGUGCUGGGCUCCGGCUGACAGGGGUGCGUGUUCGAACAAGCUGAAGCGCUGGUACUUCAUUGCGGAGACGGGCCGUUGUGCGCAGUUCAUCUUCGGCGGCUGCGGCGGCAACCGCAACAACUUUGACUCGGAGGAGUACUGCAUGUCCGUCUGCAGCAGCAGCCUGCUUCCCACCAUGGCCCCAAGCCCCCCCAACGCGGUGGACCGCUACCUUGAGGCGCCUGGCGAUGUGAACGAGCACGCCCACUUCCAGAAGGCUAAGGAGAGCCUGGAGGCCAAACACCGCGAGCGGAUGAGUCAGGUGAUGAGGGAAUGGGAGGAGGCUGAGAGGCAGGCCAAGAACCUAACUCGCGCAAGCAAAAAGGCCGUUAUCCAGCGUUUCCAGAUGAAGGUGGAGGCCCUGGAGCAGGAGGCAGCCAGCGAGCGCCAGCAGCUGGUGGAGACACACAUGGCCCGCGUGGAGGCGCUGCUCAAUGACCGCCGCCGCCUGGCCCUGGAAAGCUACUUGACCGCCCUGCAGGCUGACUCCCCCAGGCCCCGUCAGGUGUUCACCCUGCUGAAGAAGUACGUGCGCGCGGAGCAGAAGGACAGACAACACACCCUGAAGCACUUUGAGCAUGUGCGCAUGGUGGACCCCAAGAAAGCUGCCCAGAUCCGACCUCAGGUGCUGUUCCAUCUGCGUGUCAUUGAGGAGCGCAUGAACCAGUCUCUGGGCUUCCUCUACAAGGUGCCCAGGGUGGCCAGUGAGAUCCAAGACCAAGUGGCGCUGCUGAUGCAGAGGGACCAGUCGGAGGUGACCCAGCAGGUGUCAUCCCUGCAGACGGAGAAGCGUGUGAGCUACGGCAACGAUGCCCUAAUGCCUGACGCCCAGAUUGACAGUACCACCGCGCUGGACGAGCUGCCCCCCGAGCAGGACGGCCUGGGCUUCAUCCACCCCGAGAGCUUCAACCAGGCCAACACCGAGAACCACGUUGAACCUGUUGAUGCCCGCCCCAUUCCCGAUAGGGGACUUCCCACUCGACCUGUGUCUGGUCUGAAGCCGGAGGAGAUGCCUGAGGUCCGCAUAGACACAGAGGACAGACAUGGCGUCGGCUAUGAAGUACAUCACCAGAAACUGGUGUUCUUCGCUGAGGAUGUGGGCUCCAAAAAGGGAGCCAUCAUUGGGCUGAUGGUUGGUGGUGUUGUCAUAGCAACUGUCAUCGUCAUCACUUUGGUUAUGCUGAGGAAGAAGCAAUACACCUCCAUCCACCAUGGAGUCAUAGAGGUGGAUGCUGCCAUCACUCCAGAAGAGCGCCACCUCACCAAGAUGCAGCAGAACGGCUAUGAGAACCCCACCUACAAGUACUUUGAGCAGCUGCAGAAUUAAGCCCCCGCCUGCCUGCCGGCUCCCCAAGCUUUACACAUGAAACCGCACGCGCACAUAGCAGCCCCCGUACCCUCUCCAGUGCUCCGCACUCCUCAGACCUCCUCCAUGCGCCCCCACCUCCCCCGCCACCCUCAGACCCUCCCCAGGGGGCACCAACAGCACAGCCGUCUGACCAGUCACAGCACCCCCGGCGGCGGGCAGCCGCGGUCGCCUGACUGCUUCGCCGCCCCCCCAAAUCACAGACAGGCUUGAGAUGCCUUUCUCCCGUCGCACACACAGGAGUCGGAGGUGCUGAUUGUAAUGGGAAAAGAGCCAGCCGAAGUCCCAUCUGUCUGUCUGUCUAUCUGUGCGCUCACACGCUGUGCUGAGGCGCCCAGUGCUGUCACUCCCGUUGCACUCUGGGUAAGGGAGGUGUGGGGGAAGGAAGGGGGGUGCCAGCUUCAGCUUUCUUUUUUUCCCUCAACCCCCCCCCCCCCCCUUCCUCUUUCCUUCCUCUCCAACCCCAAAGGCUCUCACCCAUUCCACACAGAUGACGGCUGUGCUAUGUUUGGGCACGGCCUGCCCCGUCACCCCACUCUAUCCCCCCACCCCCCCCACACUUCACUCAGGCACGCUCCACAUGAGGUCAUCCUCCAGCACAUUUCAAGAGAAUUGCUCCAGGUUUCCUUUUUUUCCAAGAAAAAAAAAUGAAAAGAAAAAAAUAUAUACAGCAACACUUAUGGAGAUAAGCAAUGAAUGUUUCUUUUUUAUUUGGUGUGUACUAAUGUAUUGAAAUAAGGCAGAAACCUUAGCUGUUUAUCUAUGUAGUGCAUGACGAUUAUGACGGAGAGGCGGCCUCAGGGCUCACACACCCGUUGGCCCAACUCCACGGCCGCCUCCCGUGUAGAGUUUAGCAGGAUUGUACAUUUUUGUGUCCUCUUGUGAUCACGUGAUUUUAAAGCGAAGAAGAGAAGAAAAAAAAAACGAGAAACAGAGAAAAAAAAAAUCCUGUAAUCCAUUCUGCUUUUCUCAUCACGGAGACGUGGCUUUUGACAUGAGGUCUGCGCUUUUCUGUUGGUUUUGUUGUUGUUUGUUUUCCUUAAGGACUGUGCUACACACCCCCUUGCAGCAUGGGGCUGGAGAUCCUGUAAUGUAAUAUAUAUAUAAAAGGAAAGCUUAAUAUUAUCUUAAGUUUUAGGCUUCUUUUUCUCGUCUGAGAGAAAAAUGAUUCCUGCGCACGCUGUUUUCUUGAGAGGGAACGCACAAGUUACUCCGAUUCGUUUUCAUUCCACAUUAAGAUUUUUUGAGGGAUGUGGUUUGGGAUGGGUUUUACAGAAGUAAAAAUUGGAUUGUGUUUCAAGAGUGAGCUAAAAACUUAAUAAUGCUCCAUUUUGGAUUCUGUAUAUUUCAUUUCCCUCAAGAUUUCAAAGCAUUCUCCUUAAUAAGAAAAAAAUAAAUAAAUAAAUUUCCAGUGUCUGUGAUAUUCACGAGCACGGAAUGGGAUAGUGAGUUGAGCACCCCUUAAUCAGAGUUUUUCCCUUCUACCUACUACUCUCUGUGUUCUUUCACUUUCACUGGCCUGGUUCUGCUGAGUUAGCAGUUGCGGUGUGCUGAUGGAUUCACCGGAGAGUUAAAAGGAAGUAGACUGAGCUGGAAGGUUGACGGAUUGAGUCAGUGAGCGAAUCAGACAUGCAGCCUUCACUCUAUAGUGUCUCAGCGCACACGCAAACACGCACGCACUAAACUUACACAUACACCUUCUGGUGUGUUUGUGUGUGAGAUGCUUGAUUCAGUUGGAACGGAGGACUGUAUGCUCGUUCUGCUGUAGGUAAUGGAUGACCAAGAUCUAGUCAAACCCGAAAUGAAGAACGUGGAUUCACAGUAGUUGGUAGAUAUGUUUAGCAAGUGACUGGAAACCAUGACACACGUCAUCACUGUAGCUUCUGAGAGGAAGUGGGAUUGGCGUUUGAGGUUUUGAAUAAUAGUGCAUUCCAGAAUUAAAAAAAAAAAAAAUGAAGUCAAGGGCAGGGCCUUCAAUCAUAACGAAUGUGAUUUCAAACAUUAGUGCAAUUAAUAAUGCACCAUAUGGACCGACACUAUAUAUAGAACACUAGCACACACUCGACAAAGCACUUAAAUGGUCUCAGUCUGUGUUCUUUUGUAAAGAGUCAAGUCCAAGCAGUGGUUUAACUGGACAGGAGGAAGUGAAGGCAUUCUGUCUUUUUUCUUUUUCUCUGAUCUUUCCUUCUCUCUGUGACUUUUUUUCCCCUCUGUGUCUGUAUAAAUCAUCAGCUUAGAGAGAGGGGGAAGCUUUCUACACUGUAUCCCAUGAAUAAAGUUUUGAAUGUACAUACAGA